AUGGCACUUUUCAUCGGAAGGCUAGCACUGGAUACUCACCCAAGAGAUCUCGAACAUAUCUUUGAUAAAUUUGGACGUUUGAAUCGAUUGGAAGUUAAGAGAGGCUAUGCCUUUGUCGAAUAUCAAGACCAAAGGGAUGCCUCCGACGCUAUAAAGGAGACAGAUGGCUUUAUUUCAUCUAGCGAGUGCGUGGCAACAAAAUUGUUGUUGAAUGGGCGAAGAAUGGCGGCAAAAAGCCUGCCGAAAACCAAUGUUUCAAAUGUGGUAGAGAAGGACAUUGGGCAAAAGAUUGUCGCUCUUUUCGUAAAGACAGACGUAGGAGUAGGAGCCCAAGAAGAAGUCGGAGUUACUUUCUAUGAGUCAGAAAGAUCCGUUUGUCCGUUUAGUGAUCUACAAGAUUUGUUUUAA